UAGAAAGGAUGCGUCCUUACCUGUGUGAUAAAAUCAUAGCUGAGAGACACUUUGAUUACCUGCGUUCAAGGAAAAUACUCACUAGAGAGGACACAGAAGAAAUUUCUUCUCGAUGUUCCAGUAGGAAGAAAACUGGGAAGUUAUUGGACUACUUAGCAGAAAACCCAAAGGGACUAGAUGUUUUGAUUGAAUCUAUCAGACGGGAAAGAACACAAAACUUCCUGUUACAAAAGAUAACUGAUGUAGUGUUGAAAGUCAAAAAUGAAAAACUUGAAGCUCUCAAAGGUCUGAGCUGCAGCACCUGUAUGACUUCACUGUAUGGAGGAACAAAUAAUCUUUCUAGAUCAUAUUCUGAUGAAUCUAAUUUUUUUGAUAAAACAAAAGACAAAGAAUCUACCCAGAUACAUCACCCAGAAGACGAUUACAGCACCGCUGCAUUUGUGUCUGCGGUCUCUCUUCAUUCAAUGAAUUUACCAGUUGCAGAGAUGGGAAACGCAGAGAGUGCUGUUUUCUCAGCCACCCUUCCAGGGCCUGGAGACCCCGGUGCUCCCCCGCUCCCACCAGAGCUCCAGGCAGAGCAGCAAGAACCGUGCAGUAGUAGUUCAAGUGAAAAUUGCUUUCUGCCUCUAAGGUCACGUUCUCUUCAGCCACAGUCAAUGUAGUGACUUUUGUCUGUUCAUCCAAUGGUACUGAAACUUGGUGUGAUGGCUCAUAAAGGUUAAAGCAAUAUUUUCAAACUAUUAAGUAGCAAAAUCAGAGGAAACAAUCCAUUUACUGCUUUUAAGGAGUAAUUUCUUUUU